AUGAAGAUGGCGUUACGGUCAUCUCCUCUCCCUCUGGAGAUCAUUCAUCUCAUCCACGAACAGUUGGGGAUGCAGAAUGACUUGAAGACGCUUUCGUCGUGCAGCCUCGUUUGUCAAUCCUGGGUCGAAGUAUCAAGAUCACAGCUCUUCUACUCUAUGGUGCUUGACAUAGGUCCACUGGCAGCCCGUGGUGGCAUUGUCUCAUCCUCUAAACGCGUUGAAUUCCUCCGCGGCAACCCCCAUCUUUCCCGGCGCCUACGCCACCUGACCAUCAUCACAUCAACGUAUUCCCCGCCUUCAAGGCAAGCCAGCCUAAUAUGUGAUCUCCUUCCUCUCCUUCCCCGCCUUCAUCACCUUUCCUUCGACCUCAAUUUCGACUUGUGGGUAUACCCUCCUGCUUCGAAAGCAAUCGUUGCAACGUUGAGGCAUGGCGCGAUAGACGUGUUGGAUCUUACCAACGUGCGCUUCAUGCAGUACGACGACCUCUUCUCACUCCUUGAUGCCACAAAGAUCAAGUCCUUGAAACUUGACUCUAUUUCCUUCGUUAUCGAUCGUAUCCCCCCCAAUGGCAAAAGCCCGCCUUCUACGACGCGAUAUUGCGGAGAUGUCACAAAAGCCGUUACUCUCCUACAAUCUCAGUAUAGCCGUCGAUGA